AUGAAAAGGAGUCUAGCUGACGCUUCAACUCGCAGCACAGCAGGUUAUCUGCCUGUACCUCUGUUCAAUCAGAAAAAACGAAAUAGACAGCCCCUCACUUCAAAUCCACUUAAAAAUGAGCCAGGAACCAGUUCUGGGACUCCUACUUAUGACUUUUCUCCCACAUCAUUUGGUUGGGGAUCUGCAAACCCAGAAGUGGCUGAAUUACAGAAAGCAGCAAACAUUUGGAACAGAAAUGAGUACACUCCUUUAAGUAACCCAAAAGAUUCAAGACCUGAGAGUGGAUUUAUUUGGAAGUUUGAGAAGUUUUCAAAUAGUGCGAAAACUGUCCAGCAGCAAAAAACCCCUGAUAGCCGUAAUUCAUCUCAGCUUCUGAAAACAGCAGAAACCAGCCAAACAUCUACAUCUAAAGGCCAAAGGCCAAUGAAACCUAACACUGUUUCAAGAAGUCUGCAGGAUCAUAGUCUGGCAUAUAAAUUUACCCACAAUAUUCAGCAAAAUAAAAUGAAUGAAAACCAAUUUGACUGUGUUCCAGAAGACAAAUGUCAGGAAUUUUCAUCAUCUCAAUUAAAAAUCAAAGAAAAAAAGAAUUCUUUGCGAAUCAUAUCUGCAGUCAUUCAAAGUAUGAGGCACUGGAGUCAAUAUGCUUAUAAAACAGCACUGUUAUUUGAAGUUUUAGGCACCCUGGAUUCUGCAGUCGCAACUGGAGCAUACGGGGCAAAGAACUUCCUUUUGAGGGAUGGAAAGGAGAGUCUGCCUUGUGUAUUUUAUGAAAUUGACCGUGAGCUUCCGAGACUAAUUAGAGGCCGAGUACACAGGUGCAUGGGGAACUAUGAUGCAAAAAAGAACAUUUUCAAGUGCGUCUCUGUAAGACCAGCAACUAUUCAAGAACAAAACACUUUCCAGGAAUUUGUUAAAAUUGCAGAUGUUGAGAUGACAGCAUAUGUCAAAACAGUGAAUGAAAUUUAG